AUGUCUUCCAACACUACCAUCGUCCCGAACUCCGCGACCACCUCUUCUCCUGGCCUACCAACUGACAGAUGUGCCCUCGGAGAAGGGCCCAGCAUCCCGCGCAAAGUGCUCAACUACACCGCAGGAACCGGUUAUUGCCAAUUCAACUUUCCGUACUACCUUAGAAACCUCAGCAGAUGCUGCGACGAGAACGAGGUGCAUGUCUGGAAUAAUUGCACCCACUUUUGCCAAACGAACAGAGAUGUGCGCGCUUGGGGCAACUGCAUCGAGAGCACGCUGCCGGACUUUCCAGGGGUAAUUCCAGGGUAUGGGUGUGGGAAUGCGACCGCGACGGGACAGGCGGGGAGGAGCAGUGUGGGCUGGAUGGGGAUGGUGGUUGUGGGGUUGGCUGUUUUGGCUAGUACAGGAGUUUAG